AGCGUGACAUUUUCGCAAAAAAUUGGUGGCAAACAAAAAUCUUUGUUUAAAAGUUGCUGUGCAUUUAAUAGGCAGUUUUCCUGCAAUUUUAUCUCAAAAUCUACAUUAAAACAGUUACUACCAUACUCGAAUCCAUUAAACUAACGUUCCCGGUGUCGUUCUCCCAUCAGAACCAUGACGGCGAUUUCUAGCUUGCAAAACUUCGUCACCAACGCCCUGGAUUGUACCCAGUUCCGGAUGAUCCGGGAUGAUUCGGAUUUUGAAGAUGAUUCGAUUGCCUUUCACCCGGAGAUGGCCCAUCAGAUUUUCGGGGAGCAGGAGAGCAUCUUCGGCUAUCGAGAUUUGCAAAUCGACGUGUGCUUUGCCGCUGGCCCAUUAGAUAUCUACUUCAACAUCAAGUACGGGCAAAAGGUGGAAGAAUUCUAUCAGGACGGAAUCAAAUCGGACGAUGUGGAGAAAUCGUUGGCCUCCCUGGUGGAAGAUGGAUGCUACUACACCAACCUGGAGGAAUACAAGAAAGUGCUGAAAUCGAAGGCAGGCUCGUUUAAACCGUUCGGAACCAAGAUUGACGAGUUCGAGUUGAGCGCCGGCACAUCCGAAAGUACCGGAAAACGAUCCUUUGAAGUUUGGAUGAGCGAUUGCAACGAUAAGGAAUUCUUGAAGUAUCAUGCACGAUUGGAAUCGUUUUCUUUCUGGUUUAUUGAUGCCUUCAGUCGUGUUGAACACGAUCCUUUGUGGUUGUUCUUUAUUGUUUAUGAGAAAUACUCGAAUAACAACAAUGAAACUCGUUACGCAACCGCCGGUUAUUUUACGGUUUAUCAGUAUUACUCAUACCCAGAAUUCAUAAGACCACGAAUCAGCCAAAUUCUGGUCCUGCCCCCGUUCCAAAAACUGGGAAUCGCUUCGAGACUGAUCGAACAUACGGUGCACAACUACUUUGUCCCGAUGAAAAAUGUGGCCGACAUAACUUACGAGGAACCUACCGACAUCGUUCAAAACAUUCGGUGUGUGGUUGACGCCAAAAGAUGCAUGACCCUGCCUGCAUUCGCUGAUGAUAAAUUGUCGAGUGGCUUCUCCAAAGCGAUGCUUCAGGAGGCCAAGGAAAAGUUCAAGAUCAACCCGAAGCAGUGCCGGGUGGUUUACGAAAUUCUCCGGCUUCGGGUCACCGACACCAAGAAUGCCGCUGCUUAUCGGGCCUAUCGGGUGGAGGUGAAAAAGCGCCUGAAUCUAAACGAUAGCAAACACCGACGGGAUCUGGUUCGGCUGCAGAAGCGAGGCGUCGAUGUAAGUGGGGCCUACAAAAUCCUUCCCAGUUUGGAGGACCGAAUCGAACAGCUGAAUGCCGCUUAUAAGGAGGUCGAACAAGUGUAUUAUCAGGUUAUCAAGAAGAUAAAGCUGUCACAAUAAGCUAGCGUUAUGGUUGUAAACGGUUUAGCUUCCUUGAAUAAAGCUGAUGCCGGAGGCACGUCAUUAAACAUUUCCAGAUAUCGUCGUAAAAAGUCUUGUCAAAAAUGUUUCUCAUACUCCUUUUGUUUCUGAUAUGAAUUUUUUCCUGUUUGAUCAUGUUUUUUCUCUCUUUUUAUUAUCUCACAAGUAAGUUACUGAAAAAUCACUGUUAUUAUGGUUAAGCAUUAGGCGUUAAGGAACCUUUUAGAAAUAAAAC